AUGAACACUCAUCAGCCAACAUCCUCGGCCAUUAAUGGCGUCGAGUUUGGCUUUCUCACCACAAAAGACAUCAAGGCGCUCUCGGUGAAGCGUAUAUCGAUCCCGACCACAUUCGAUAGCAUCAAUCACCCAGUGCCUGGUGGUUUACACGACCCUGCUCUGGGCGCAUUCCUGGACAAUCCAUGCGCAACAUGCGGCCUCACCACCUUCUUAGGUUGUCCUGGCCACUGCGGUCAUAUCGAGCUUCCUGUACCCGUAUACCACCUCACCUUUAUGGACCAACUGUUGCGACUACUCCGCGGUACAUGCGCAUACUGCCAUCACACCAAGCUUGCCCGCACAACCAUUAACGAGUUCGUCUCAAAGCUGCGCCUCAUAAGAUGUGGCCUCGUACAGGAAGCAAACGACAUGCACCUGCAUAUCACCCACGGGAAGGGCAAGACGAACGACUUAGAUGCCCCCGAAUCAGACGACGAAGAUGAUGACGACAAUGACGACAUCAUCACACAGCGUAACAACUAUGUGAAACGGUGUAUGAAGUACGCGGGCAUCUCAAAGCAUGAGGCAAGAACAGCACGUGAAAAGAAUGAGACUAUUUCCGACGCGCGGCGGCAAGUGGUCAAGGAUUUCUACGCAGAGCUGGUCAAGCACAAGAGCUGCAGAAACUGCCAGGGCAUCAGUCCAUCGUACCGAAAGGAUCGCGGAAUCAAGAUUUUCCGGAAAGCCUUGAGCCAGAAAGAUAAAGCGAAAAUGGCCCAGGCGGAGAAGCGCAUCCAGAGCCCUCUGGAUAUUCUCGCUCGUCGGGAGGCAAAAGCAAAGAAGCAGCACGUACAUGCUGAUGAGGGUGUGGCAGACCUCGAUCCCGUCUCGGAAGAGGAUGAAGACAUGGAUAUAGAUAUGCAGCAAGCCGAUGGGUCACUCGUUGCAACUGAGUCGCGUAUGGCACGAAGGACGAAGCCCGCAACCGAAGAAUCGGAAAAUGCACAGGAGUACGUGAGCGCAGCAGAAGUAAAGGCAACCAUGACAUUGCUCUUCGAGAACGAGUCUGAGAUGAUGCGAAUGCUUUACAGCCCCUACGGGUCAAAGUCCCUUGUCGAUGUGAGCCCCGAUAUGUUCUUCACUCAGGCCAUCAUUGUUCCGCCCAACAAGUACAGGCCAGAAGACGGGACAGGCGAAACCAUUACCGAAUCCCCCAAGAACAAGCCCUACAAGAGCAUUAUCGAAGCCUGCGAGACCAUCAACCAGAUCAGCCACGAAAUGCGGGGUCGGCCUAAUGAAACUGGCUACCGGCAACGGAACUUUGACGAUAUGCAGACCCAGUUUGUGAACCUACAGGGAGUUGUCAAUGCGCUUAUCGACUGCGACGCCAACCCUGUCCAAGGUCGCGCUGGAGCCGUGAAUACGGAUGGUAUCAAGCAGGCUCUCGAGAAGAAGGAGGGAUUGUUCCGUAAAAACAUGAUGGGAAAGCGAGUCAACUUCGCCGCGCGCAGUGUCAUUUCGCCUGACCCAAACAUCGAGACCAACGAGAUCGGUGUCCCUCCUGUAUUCGCCAAGAAACUGACGUAUCCCGAGCCUGUUACGAACCACAACUUUUACGACCUCAAAGAAGCUGUCCUCAAUGGUCCCGACAAAUGGCCCGGUGCGCAUGCCAUCGAGAACGAAUUUGGGCAGAUCAUUGCACUAAGGAAGAAGACCUACGAUGAGCGACUAGCCUUGGCCAACCAGCUGCUGGCACCCACCAAUUCAUACUCAAACGGGGCCAGGAACAAGAAGGUGCAUCGUCACCUAAACAAUGGCGAUGUUGUAAUCAUGAAUCGACAACCGACACUGCAUAAGCCGUCCAUGAUGGCGCAUCGAGCUCGUGUCCUACCCGGAGAGAAGACCAUUCGCAUGCAUUACGCCAACUGUAAUACCUACAACGCUGACUUUGAUGGAGACGAGAUGAACAUGCAUUUCCCCCAGAACGAGCUUGCCCGGGCUGAGGCCAUGACUAUAGCCGAUACUGACCAUCAGUACUUGUCUGCAACUGCUGGAAAGCCCUUGCGUGGUCUCAUUCAGGAUCAUAUUUCCAUGGGAGUCUCGAUCUCGAACAAGGAUACCUUCUUCACUAGGGAAGAGUACCAUCAGCUACUCUACUCUUCUUUACGACCUGAGGAGGGACACACAACUUCGGGCAGACUAGAGACUGUCAGCCCCGCUGUGUUGAAGCCUCGGCCGAUGUGGACGGGUAAACAGAUCAUUACCACCAUUCUGAAGAACAUCAAACCUGCAGAAUAUCAAGGAUUAACACUCACAUCCAAGUCAUCUACAAAUGGAAAACUCUGGGGUGUGCACAGCGAAGAGCAAAUUGUCAUCGUCAAAGAUGGCCAUCUACUAUCCGGUAUCAUGGACAAGGGCCAGAUCGGACCUGCCGCCGGUGGUUUGAUCAACGGCAUUUAUGAGGCUUACGGUGAGACCAUAGCUGGUCGCGCUCUCAGUAUCAUCGGGCGUUUGCUUACCAAGAUGCUCCAUAUGCGUGCCUUUUCUUGUGGAGUUGAGGAUCUCAUCCUUACUGAAGAGGGCGACAGGGCAAGACUGGAAGAGCUUCGAAAAGCGGAAAAGCUUGGCUUCGAAAUCGCCUCCAAGUAUGUCACUCUGGACGCGGAGAAAAUCGAUCCUACCAACCCGGAACUUCGGCGACGACUUGAAGCGGUCUUGCGUGACGACACCAAGCAGCAUGGUCUCGAUCUGCUCACGAAUACUGCGAACAGCAAGAUCUCUUCAGCAGUUACAGCAGCCGUACUUCCCGACAAGCUCAUCAAAAAAUUCCCGAAGAACCAAAUGCAGGCCAUGACAGGUUCUGGUGCAAAGGGUAGUAUGGUUAACGCCAAUCAAAUCUCAUGUAACCUUGGUCAGCAAGUUCUGGAAGGACGAAGAGUUCCGGUCAUGAUUAGCGGUAAAACAUUGCCUUGCUUCAAGCCCUUCGAAACGAGUGUACGAGCUGGUGGCUACAUCGUAAACCGUUUCUUGACCGGUAUCCGACCCCAGGAGUACUACUUUCAUAUGAUGGCUGGUAGAGAAGGUCUCAUUGACACCGCUGUCAAGACUUCGCGCUCCGGUUACUUGCAGAGAUGUAUAAUCAAGGGCAUGGAGGGUCUUCGCGUCGAGUACGAUACGUCUGUCCGAGAUGCCGAUGGGACUAUGGUCCAGUUCCUCUACGGUGAGGACGGCCUCGAUACGACAAAGCAGAAGUACCUCAAUGACUUCAAGUUUCAAGCGCAGAACUUCUAUUCACUGGCUCAAACUCUCCACACGGCAGAAGCCUACCCACGGGUCGCUAGCGCUGAAGCCGUGGAACACAACAAGAAGGCGGCAAAGAAGGCUAGGAAAGGGGAUGUCACGUCCAUGGAUCCUGCUACAGCGGUGUACACACCUUCGCGGCACAGCGGUAGUACAUCCGAAUUGUUCUUGCAAGCCAAGCGCGAGUACUGCGACACAAACCCCGAUAAGCUGCUCAAGCUCAAGAAACAAGAUCCAGAAGGAGAGAUUCUCAAGCGAACUUUCGAACAGAUGCUGGAUCUCAAGUAUCUCCGAUCUCUUGUGGAGCCCGGUGAAGCUGUCGGUGUCGUAGCUGGCCAAUCUAUUGGUGAGCCCUCAACACAGAUGACACUCAACACCUUCCAUUUGGCUGGUCAUUCGGCAAAGAACGUCACACUUGGUAUUCCACGUCUGCGAGAAAUUGUUAUGACUGCUAGUGCAAACAUCUCCACUCCGUCGAUGCAAUUGUACCCACAUCCCGAGCUAUCCAAGGAGGAGUGCGAGAAGUUCGCCAAGAGUAUCACACGCCUGCCGCUCUCAGCUGUGCUAGAUAAGGUCACUGUCACGGAAACUUUCGGCACGGGCACCCAUUAUUCACAGGCGAGAAGCUACAAGAUUCGUCUUGAUUUCUAUCCGAUGAAUGAAUACACUAAGGAGUACGCCAUCAAAGUCCGCGAUGUCGCCGAGUCGAUUGAGAAGAAGUUCUGCCCACGCUUGCACAAGGAGAUCCGUAAGGACCUGAAGAAGAAAGGUGAAAACAAAUCGUUAUCUACGGCGAACUCAGCUAGUGUACCCAACAUUGGCCAGACCGCCGGUAGGAGCGGUGAGCAGACAGUCGACGAAGAUGAGGAUAGUUUCCCAGCUGGUCUAGAAGGCGGCUCUGCAGAUGAGGACAGCGACGAUGGUGAAGGCGAUAACGACACCACUCAGGCCAAGGCCCGAAAUAGACGAGGGGACAGUGUAUCCUAUGAAGAGCCAGAGGAGGAGGAACAGGCUGCCACCGCCGAGCUCGACAAGGAAGAUCAAAUCAGUGAAGACGAGACCUACGGCGGCAGCCCCAAACCUUCACGCGCCACUUCACCCAACACAGAUGCAGACGAUGACGACGAGGAUGAGGACGAUGACGAACAAAUGGUCGACCCCACCAACGAACCCUCCGAAAUCCGACAUGAACGCAUCUGCAAAGACAACGCCGACAUCUUCGGCUUCAAGUUCGACGACCGCAAGGGUGCUUUCUGCGAGAUCACCUUUGAAUUCUCCGCCGCCAAACCCAAGCUGCUCAUGCUUCACCACGUCGAAGAGGCCGCAAACUUCGCCACUAUCCAUGUCAUCCCCGGCAUCACAGCCGCCCAAUUCUCGGCAAAGUCCAAGGAUGUGCCCGAAAACGUUAUCAACACCGAGGGCUCCAACCUCAUCGCCAUGCGCGAAUACGGUCACAUCAUCGACGUGAAUCGCACCCUCACCAACGACAUCGCAGCCAUGCUCAGAAUCUACGGUGUAGAAGCCGGUCGUGCAACUAUCGUCCGCGAAAUGCACAACGUCUUCUCUGGUCACGGUAUCAGCGUCGACCACCGCCAUCUCAACCUCAUUGCCGAUACUAUGACAAAGGGUGGUGGUUUCACGCCUUUCAGCCGCAUCGGUCUCAAGGGUAACGUCAGUCCGUUUAUGAAGAUGAGUUUCGAGACUACGGUUGGUUUCCUAAAGGAUGCAGUCCUCGAGCGCGAUUGGGAUGAGCUUAAGAACCCCAGUGCGCGUAUUGUGGUGGGUAGAUUGGGUGGUAUUGGUACGGGUGCGUUUGACGUGCUUGCACCUGUCAAGAUUAGGGAUCCGCUCAAGGAGCAGGUCGAGGAGGUCGAACGUGUGGUUGUUGGUGAUCUAGGUGGAAAGCGUGACUCCGACUCUGAGUCUGAGUCUGAACCUGAAGAAGAGGAGGAAGAGGAAGAGGGUGGAGACGAAGAUAUUCAGAUGCAGGAUGUAGAUAUGGAGGAUGCGGAUGCGGGGGCUGAGGAGGAACCUGAACCAGUGCAGGAGCUGCCGCCGCCGAAGAAGAAGAAGAGCAAGAAGCACGGUCGCUAA